UAAAUUUAGUGAGCACUACCAUCCUCAUUACUUGUCCUUAACCUGAGCAAGCCUUAAUUAGUCGAACCUCUCCCGUGUGUACGCUUUUGUCCAAACGUGAUUGGCCCGAGUGGGUGAAGUGAAGGAGGAUCGGCCUACCGAGGUUAUAAGAGAGGUGCCACCUCGGUGGCGCAUCAUACAGGUGACUGUUUACUUUUUAAUACAUGAGGAGAACACAUCAGAGGAGGACAUUUCUACCGGGGUGAAAAGGCUAACCUUAAAUUUUGUUGGCUGAAAUGGAGACAAUGGCUCAUGUGACUGAGCUCAGGCUCGGCGGCGGUCGGGGCUCUUGGGGCGAAGCGACGCCCUCAUCCUGUCCGGAGGUUGACCUGGAGGUCAUCGAGGAGUAUCUGCAGGAGCAUUCACUAGAAGUCCAGCCUGCAUACAUGCAUGCCUCGCCUCUGAGCAAUGUGGUGCAGUACGUCCACUCCCACCACAGCACCAGGAUCAUAGAGAAUAACUGGUCAGGUCAGCAUGCCUACGAGUGGCACUGCGGUGCUCCUACGAAGGAAUAUGAGGAGCAAGCUCCACCCCCAGCCUGGUCCUGCUCCCAUCAGAACCAAUGGGAUCACGUUGCCUAUUCAGAUCAGGCGAUUGUGUGUAUCGACUCAGACUCUCAGUCCAGUUGCUCGCAGUACCACGAAUAUCACGAUGCCCCUUCUCCAACCUCUAAUGGCGGAGGCAGACCCGACAAAGACCCGUUGCUUCCUGCUCCAUUCUCGGGAAAGAGGAAGGAACGGUUGUUCCAGUUCCUGUUCGAGAUGCUGCAGACGCCGUCAAUGCGAAGCUGCAUCUGGUGGGUCCAGUCCUCUUCGGGCACAUUUCAGUUCUCCUCCCAAAACAAAGAGUGCCUGGCGGAGAUGUGGGGGCUCCGAAAAGGGAACCGCAAGACAAUGACCUACCAGAAAAUGGCGCGGGCAUUGAGGAAUUAUGCUCGCACGGGCGAAAUCAAAAAAGUGAAACGGAAACUCACAUAUCGGUUUGAUGAGAAAACGCUGAGAGGCCUCCAAGGAGAUGCCAAUAAGAUGUAG